CUCAUUCAUUGCGCAAAUUGGUUCGGCAUGGAAGCGUACACCAUUGAGAGGGUGCUGGCGACGGCGCUAUUCGGCGACGUAGUGCUAUGUCAGGACAUAUACACAGGGGAACAAGUUGCUAUCAAACGAAUGGAUCUAGCUGCAGCCAAGAACCACAAAACACUGCUCGACCAUAGACACGUGUCCGAAGACGUCGGCUUCGAAGCCCAAGUGAACCGCAAAAUCCACGCCGGCGGGGGGCAUCCCCAUCUCCUGCGCAUGCGGACAGACUUUGUCCAAGACGAGUGCCUCCACUUUGUGUACGACUACUGCGCAGGUGGCGACCUCCUCGAUAAGCUGGCCAGAGAGACCCGGUUUGGUACACACAUGGCGCUCAAGUAUUUCUGCGACAUCGUGAAGGCCGUCGAACGUUUGCACGAAUUCGGGUUCGCCCACCGCGAUUUGUCGCUGGAAAACGUGCUGCUCGACGCCGACAACCAGUGUCACGUGUGUGACUUCGGCUUGGCGUGCCACGUCGCAACCGUCCACUCGUCACGAGUGGGGAAAAAGUUCUAUAUGGCCCCCGAAGUCGUAGCGGGAGAAGAUUACGACGCCGUCAAGGCAGACGUGUGGUCGUUGGGCAUGUUACUGUUCGAGAUGCUGUCGGGAGCCCCCUUGUUUGGCGAAGCCUCGGCAUCGGACCCCCGCUUUCACGUGCUCCAAACAGCCGGCCCCGCCACGUUGUUUCAAUGUGUAGAGGACAGCGAGAUUGUGCAGCUUUUAACGGAACUGGUGUCACUGGACCCGAUGAAACGCCCUUCAUUGCACAUGAUCCUGCAACAUCCAGUCGUCAGUCGCGCCAUGGUGUCGAAAAUGGAAACCCCCUCGUCAUCGUCGGUUGUGUCGGGGUAUAUGGCUGGCAUGGCCUCGUCCACGAUCGUGACUUACCUAAAUCGGCUGCUUCUUUCGCCUUGGAGAAGCCUCGACCCCACGGCUGCCGGCAGAGCAUAGAAUUGUAACAUAACACUUUAUUUAUGCUAGACAAAUCAACUCCAUUGGAUAGGUUUACAACUAAUAUAAGUAACGUUACUAGU